AUGACUACAAAGUUGGGGUUUAUACCCAUCAAGACCACACUCACAAAGCUUCCAUACCCACGAUUGGAGGACCGUAAAGUCAUACGAACAAAACGUCUGAUUCUCAGACCAUUCUAUGAAGAUGCUGCAAAAGAUCUCUUUCCUAUGCGUGCCCAGCAAGAAGUCAUGACGUGGACAUCGCAAGGCGCUCCUGACAAGGACCUCGAGCAAACAAGAAUCUGGGCUUCACAAAGACUACCACCACACCAUGAGGAUGAUUUCAGUUAUGUAAUCAGUGAAAUCGAGACUGGACAAGUCAUCGGCAACGGUGGCACAUAUCGACGAGCAUGUGAGCUUGGAUGGCCAGCUAUAGGAUACAUGUUUCGGAAAGAGGCUUGGGGGAAGGGCUAUGCUACCGAGUUUCUGUCAGCGUUUAUGGAGGUUUGGUGGGAGUUACCGCGAGUCGAGUUUUCCAUUGAGGUGGAUCGUACUACCCUCAGUGAGGAAGAGAUCAAGGCCAGAUCGGAUCGUGCGAUCAUGGAACGAUGUGCAGCGGAGACUAUCAAGGAGAAUGUGGGAAGCAAUCGUGUUUUGGUCAAGGCUGGUUUUGGAAAGGUCAAGGAAUGGAGGAAUGAGGAAAAGAAUUGGUCGAUAUACGGAUGGACGAUCCCUGCUUCGAAAGCAACUGGUCAUUAG